AUGUUUUGCUACAAUAAGAGAAGUUACAAAGGUACAUCGUGUGCAUUUUCGCCAGCUGGUGCAGUGCCGGUCAAGUGGUGUCCGUCGAAAAUGCUAGGCUUGGGUGAUUGUCAUAUCGUCGGCAGUGACUGCUGCUCCUACACAGCGAUCCGAAAUAACCAGUUUACCGAUUCCGGAGUUAAAACCCUCUUCGUGCUGCACUCUUACUGGGGAACGUUACCAUCGAUAACUGGCCUGAUUGAUAGUACUUUGCCUCUAGCAGCUGUUGGCUGCAAAGGCUCGCCAGUGCAGAGUGAGCCUUCACUGGCCACCUCCAAGUGGACACGUCAAAAGUUUAUUUAUAAAAUUGAUGGCUGCCUCGCCCCAUGCAGUGCUGGUAUGUACAAAGUAGGCAGUUCAUCAGCACUACCACGUCCGACAACUUUUGUUUAUAAUGGACGUCGCAAUGUAUCAGCACGAAAAGACAUCUGCGAUAAGCCAUUCAGUCAUUAUUUCAACGGCGAUCCCACCAAGAACAAAAUGAAUAUCCAGAUGCCAACAUUUACCAAAAGAAGACGUCGUCGCCCUCCACCUAAGGGACAACAGAAGAAACGCACUCCGCCACCGCCUCCAGAGAUGGUGAAUACAGCCGCAUUAGCUGCUCUAAUGAAAGCAAAUGACGCAUUUUUCAAAACGCCGGAUGGACGCCCGGACAAAACAAUCCAGCAUUUCCGAGCAAAGAAGCCGCUACCAAAAGGCUGGUUUGGAAAAAAUUUUGCAGUCAUUUUCUAA